CGGAAGUUUGUUAGCUGACAGGCUACCAGUGUUAAAUCCUAUGUAACAACGACAGAGUAAACAAACUGCUGUAGCUACGGUUAGACAGCGUGUUGCUAACAGGGAUUUCGAAGAGCAUCUAACAGGUCCAAAGCAUCAUUUCAGUGGUGAGUCAGAACCUGGUGACAGACAAUGUGUCGGUGGUGGAGGGUGAGAUGGCAAUCAUCAGCUGUCGGGUGAAGAACAAUGACGACUCGGUUAUCCAGCUGCUCAACCCCAACAGACAGACAAUAUACUUCAGAGACAUGAGGCCACUGAAAGAUUCUCGCUUUCAGCUGGUGAACUUCUCAGACAACGAACUGCGGGUGUCGCUGUCUAAUGUCUCGCUGUCAGAUGAGGGUCGAUAUGUUUGCCAGCUCUACACAGACCCUCCGCAGGAAGCCUACGCUGACAUCACUGUGCUAAUUCCUCCAGGUAACCCCAUCAUUGAAGCCCGGGAUGAGAUCCUGAGUGAGGGUAACGAGACAGAGAUGACCUGUACUGCCAUGAGCAGUAAGCCUGCCGCCACCAUCAGAUGGAUGAAGGGAGAUAAGGAGCUCCCAGGAAAGCCCAAGGUUGAGCUGUCCUACGACAAGAUGUACACAGUAACCAGCCGACUCACAUUCACUGUUAGUAAGGAGGAUGAUGGUGUACCUGUGGUUUGCAUCGUUGACCACCCUGCGGUCAAGGACUUCCAAGCACAGAAAUACCUGGAGGUGCAAUACAAACCGGAGGUAAAGAUCGUGGUAGAAUUUCCUCAGGGUCUGACCAGGGAAGGAGAGAACCUGGAACUGACGUGUCAGGCCAAAGGCAAACCCCAGCCACAGCGGGUGAACUGGGUAAAGGUGGAUGACGAUGUGCCAUCCCACGCCGUCAUCACCGGCGGUGAUCUUUACAUCGAAAACCUAAACAAGUCCUACAAUGGGACCUACCGCUGUGUGGCAUCCAACUCAGUGGGGGAGUCUUUUGACGACUACAUCCUUUACGUCUAUGAUGCUCCUACCACUACCCCUAUACCCACCACAGCCACCACCACCACCACUACCACCAUCACCACCACCAUCUCCUACCCUGAAGUCAGUCAAGACACUGCGCCCAGCACUGAACCUGCAGCUCAUGAUUCACGAGCUGGAGAGGGAGCACCCAGAACGGUGGACCAUGCAGUGAUUGGAGGAGUGGUAGCUGUGGUUGUCUUUGCCAUGCUCUGUCUACUCAUCGUUUUGGGGCGCUACUUUGCAAGACACAAAGGUACCUACUUCACACACGAAGCCAAAGGAGCAGACGAUGCAGCGGAUGCAGAUACAGCCAUCAUCAACGCAGAGGGUGGCCACACCAACUCGGACGAAAAGAAAGAGUACUACAUCUAAUCAAAGCAGGACCCCUCACUCUAGUGUCCUCUUUGGGACACCGGGCUGUUUUUGGG